AUGACCUCAGUUUACAAUAUUUUCGAUUUUCCUGAGUCUGAUGACAAUGUUAAUAAGUCAUUGAAAACUAAAACUAAUAGUAAUAAUAAUAGUAAUAGUAGAAGAAGAAAAUCGUUAAAUUCUUUAAUGAUUACCACCGAAUCACCGAUAAAAAGAUUAAAUAAAAAAUCCAUGAAUACAUCCAAAUUAACUGAAAAAAUAAAUCCAAAAACUACCAUUGUUAAUGAUGUUAGCAAUAAACUUUCCUCAAAAAAUAAAUCACCUACAAAACAACAACAAUUUAACAAACCCUUUUUAUCUAAAGCUCCUAAAACAACUACAACUAUGUCAACAACAAAAUGCGUUUCUUCCCCCUUAUCCAUUUUUCCUUAUUAUCAAGAAGAAAAAAUUGAUACCGUUAAUGUAGUAAGCACCACUACCACAUCACAAAGUUUAUCGCCAUCAUCACCUGGCUCUCGUAAACAAAACUUGGUUGCUAAAAUAUCAACAUCAACAACUACAACUGGCUUGAAGCUACAUAACCACUAUUCAGAUAAUAAUUCAAUCUUGGAUUUAAAUUUAAAAUGCGAUCUUGAUUUAUCGUUACCACCAUCAUCAUCACUUGGCAGCAGCAAUGUUGUAAUUAGUGGAUUAAAAACUUAUGGUCAAGGACGUACUAUAUUAGGUAGAAGCAACGAUAUGAUGCUUAUGGAUUUUUAUGAUCCUCCUCCAAAAUCCAAAUUUAGCAAAGAAGCAAAAACUUCACAUGUUCUUCGCGAAGUGGGCGAAAAUUCUAGAUUCACCGAUGAAAUGAAUUAUAUUCUUGAUGGUUUACGAUCAAGCCAACCAUUGAAUGUGCGCAGAACUAGUGGUAUGGAAUUAGCACAAAAAUUAUUAAAUAAGGAGUUUCUUCUUAAAAUCCGUGCUCACAAUUACAUCCCAAAAAUCUAUUCAAAUCUAAUUGCGCACAAAGAUACUGAUAAACAUAACUCGGAGUUUUUGUUACUUGAACAUGGUUUAUUAGAAAUGAUUAUAAACUCAAUUGACGUUUCGUAUGACCCUUUUAUUGAUAAUAAUAAUCGUUCGUUAGAAAAAUAUGAAAAGAAGCUGGUCAAUGAUCUAAGAGAUAUUAUCUUUCAAUCAAAUAUUUUCACAGAUAAAUCGCAGAUCUCACUUAAAGCAAUAGCACUUCGAACUCUAUCAUCAAUCACUUCAUCUAGAACACGUAAUGAAUCACUAAUAAAAAGGAAAUUAAGGGUUUCUGGAGGAUUAUCGUUUGUUAUAAAUGCUUUGAAAUUAGAGUUUGAAUUAGUUAGUGUCUUAUUGAUCAAUAUCAAAAAGAAUAAGCCUUCUACAUCAAAGAUUAAAUUGAAUUUUAGGCAAAUAAUUCAUUGUUUGAAAAUUCUAGAGAAUGCAACUUUAUUUUGUACCGAAAACCAAAUGCAUAUUGUUGAAGAAAAUAAAGAAUUUUUGAAGAUGCUUUUAGAAUUUUUAUUGUAUUGUCAUGUAGAAGCUUUUAAUAUAAAUUCACAAGUAUUAUCAUCAGCCAUGGAAUGCUUACUUGGUAGUCUUCGAGUAUUAAUUAAUCUUACAAAUGAUAAUCAAUCAUGUUGUCAAUAUAUUGGAGGAUUUGAUGGAAUUUCAAUUUUGAUGAGAUUAGCCAUUAUAAAUAGCGAGAAAUUAGUUGAUAAUUUUGAUGUAUUGUUACUCAGUAUUGGCUUGCUUAUUAAUUUGGUUGAAAUGGAUCCUAACAAUCAAAAUGUAUUCAGUAAAGUUGAAUCAGCAUUAACAUGUUUAGUAAAUUUAUAUAACUACCAAAUACAUAAAGGCGAAGAAGAGACUGAUAGCAACAUUGCAGCAGCUUAUAUGGCAAUAUUACUUGGUCUAUUGAUCAAGGAUAACAAAAAUAACCAAUUACUGAUAAUUGAUAUCCUUUUAUUUAAAUUAUAA